CAUUAUGCACACACGUUACGAGGAAUACAAUGAAAAAUCCAAACUAGUUUUUUUUAACACUGAAAAUCUAAAGAGAAAGUGAUUCCCUCAGCGGUGACAGAACGCUUCCUUGAGCAGAGAAACCCAAGCAGAUCGAUUACUCUUGAGAAAACAAGAUGAGCCGCCACCCUUCUGUCAAAUGGGCUCAGACGUCUGAUGUACUCUACUUAACAGUUGAGCUGCCUGAUGCUCAGGAUGUUAAGCUCAAACUGGAGCCAGAAGGAAAAUUUUACUUCUCUGCAACUGCUGGUGCAGAGAAGAUUCCUUAUGAAGUUGACAUUGAUCUGUUUGACAAGAUUGAUGUAAAUAAUAGCAAAGCCAGUGUUGGUUCAAGACACAUCUGCUACUUGGUGAAAAAGGCUGAGAACAAGUGGUGGGACAGAUUGUUGAAGCAGGGAGGGAAAUCUCCAGUCUUUCUGAAAGUUGAUUGGGAUAAAUGGGUUGAUGAAGAUGAGGAGCAAGAUAAUAAACCUGCAGCAUCUGAUAUGGACUUUGGUGACAUUGAUUUUUCUAAGAUGAGCAUGGGAGGGGGUGAGGGAUUGGAUUUUGAUGCUGCAGGCAAUGAUGAUGAUGAUGAGAGUGACACAGAAGAGGAGUUUGCAGCAGAAGCAUCUGCUAGUAAAGAACAAGAUUCGAAAGAUGCUGUAAGCAGCUAUCCAAUUCCAAAGGAUGCACCUGAUACUAAAGCAUAAACAAUUCGAGAAUGGUGAACCAUAACAUAGCUUUGACUAUGUAAGGGCUAGACAAGCUUUCCUGAAAGGUUGCUUAGCAUAAACCUUCGCAGGGUUAACUGAUGGUUCGGUAAUGGCAUGUUAACUUCUUUUCAGCGUUUUGACCCUGGAUUUUUAACAAGCUAGACAUAUAUGUGUUGGCCAUACAUAAUACUAUUUGAGAAUGGAAAUGUUGUCUUUGUUUCCUUUGAGUGCAGGGGACAAUGAGUUCUAUAGUUUUUCAGUGAAGUUACACUUCUCUGAGCAAUGAGAGUUCGUUUUAGAAAAAGCAAACUAGUUUGAGUUUUGAUCAAUGUUUCAAAAUUUGGGAUGGUCAUAUAACCCGUGUAGACGUUUUGAAUUAGUGACUAAGGUCCUGCUUCGAUCUGUUUGAUAA